AGCUGAGGGAGAGAGCCUGGUACAGCAGUGAUCACGCUGGUGAUACUGGGAGUCACUCAGUCAGGAAGAGGGGCUCCAGGCCGUAACAGCAGCCACGAGACCCAGCCUCCCUACUAUGCCCCGCUUUCCCUGGCAGAUCCCGCACCCCACCGCACCCAGGACCCCUCGGAGCCCCAGCCCCUCGCACACCGGAGCCCCUGCUACGUCUGCUCCUAGUCCCCGCGAGUCCCCCUGGAACGCCCGCCAGCCGCUCGCGCAGGCCGGGGCGCUGCACUGCAGUCCCGCAGGAGGCGGCCGGGCUGGGGUCAGGCGGCUCCUCCUCCCGCCGGCGGCCGGGUCACGUGUAGCGGGCGGAGCCGGCUCUCCCGGGGCAGAGCUCCAGACCAGCCCCGGCGGGGUGAGCCCUGCUGCCGCCUUCCUUCUCCCUAUGGGCCGGGCGGCCGCGGCCGGGAAGUGUUGCAGGGGAGCGCCUGGCGCAGCCGCCGCUGUCCAUGUUGGAGGGAGCCGGCACCGAGAAGGAGCCCCUGCUGCCUGCCCGGACAGCGGGCCGCGGCCACCCGCACAGGGGAACCUUCGGGGCCGGCGACUGCCCCGAUCCCGCGGCCUCCUGCACCGUCGAGGACGCUGCUGGAGCUGCCCAUGAUCUUUACAUAAAUCAAGCUGUAGUAUUUAUUGAAGAUGCAAUACAGUAUCGUUCCAUAAACCACCGAGUGGACUCCAAAUCGCUGUGGCUUUAUCGAUGGUACUAUUCAAAAAUUUGCCAGUGGGUUUUGAGUCUCACCAUUACUCUAAUCCUGGCUCUGGCUUUCAUUGAAACCCCUUCUUCGCUCACGAUCACGUCGGAUGUACGAUAUCGCGGCACAGCCUGGGAGCCUCCUUGUGGCCUGACUGAAAGUAUAGAGCUGCUUUGUUUCCUCGUCUUUAUAGCUGACGUCUCUGGGAAGAGUUAUUUAAUUGGUUGGGAAGAAUUUCGGAAAACGAAAUGGCUGCUGGCUUAUAUCCUGACGCUGGUGGUUUCCAUUAUCGACUGGACUGUGUCACUGAGCUUUUCUUGUACAGAGACUGUGAGAAUAAGACGAAUUCUCCGGCCCUUCUUUCUCCUUCAGAACUCCUCUAUGAUGAAAAAGACAUUAAAAUGCAUCAACAGCACUCUGCCAGAAAUGGCAAGUGUUGUUCUGCUGCUAGCUGUUCACUUGUGUCUCUUUACCAUGUUUGGUAUGCUGCUGUUUGCUCGAUCAAAGGAUAAGCAGCAGGACAAGGAAUGGGUGGGAUAUUUUCACAAUUUGCCAGAUUCACUGACUUCACUGCUGGUGCUGCUGACUACUGCAAAUAACCCUGACGUGAUGAUUCCUGCAUAUUCUAAGAAUCGAGCCUAUUCUAUCUUCUUCAUACUCUUCACUGUGUUGGGAAACUUGUUUCUGAUGAACUUGCUGACAGCGAUAAUAUACAAUCAGUUUCGAGGAUACCUUCUGAAAUCGGUUCAGUCCUCGCUCUUGAGGAGACGUUUAGGAAUCCGGGCUGCAUUCGAAGUGCUGUGCUCACUGAAAGAGCGUCCUGUCAGUACAAAUGAAUUGUGUGUCAAUGCUAAUACCUUACUACAAGUGCUUCAAAAAGUUGAAAUGGAUUUUUGCUGCAAGCAAGCUAUCUUGAGGCAUCCUCCCACACCAGAGUACCAGUCUCCUUUUCUGCAGAAAGUGCAGUUUGCUUUUGGCCAUCACUUCUUUGGCUACUUAGGGAACAUUGUAGCACUAGCAAACAUUGUUUCUAUCUGUGUCAUCUUGGUAAUGGAUGCAGAUAAGCAGCUUUCUGAACGGGAUGACUACUUCUUGGGGGCUAUAAAUUGUUUUUUUAUCCUGUACUAUCUGCUGGAAAUGCUGCUGAAAAUACUGGCAAUGGGAUUUAAAAGAUACAUAUCGUACCCAAGCAAUAGAUUUGAUGGAUUUCUGACUGUAAUUCUGCUGGUUUUGGAGGUCUCAACUUUUGCUGUGUAUGGAUUUCCUCAUCCAGGCUGGAGACCUGAAAUAAUGGGGUUGCUGUCUCUGUGGGAUAUGGUGCGCCUGGUGAAUAUGCUAAUUGUAUUCAGAUUUCUGCGGAUUAUCCCGAACAUGAAGUUCAUGGCUUUGGUUGCCAGUACAUUGCUGGAUCUGGUGAAAAACUUAAGAGCCUUUGCAGGGCUGCUGGUGGUGGUUUUCUAUGCGUUUGCUAUAACUGGCAUAGUGCUAUUUAAAGGUGCUGUUGUUCCUAUGGGAAAUAUCAGUGUUGUCAAUGCAACAUCUGGUAACAGCACCUUGCAGUGUGGGACCUACGAGCAGUUGGAGUAUUGGCCAAACAACUUUGAUGACUUUGCUGCUGCGGUAGUAACUCUCUGGGAUAUCAUGGUGGUGAACAAUUGGCAAGUUUUCCUGGAUGCAUUUUCAAGAUACUCAAGUCCGUGGUCAAAGGUCUAUUUUGUAGCCUGGUGGCUAAUUUCCUCUGUCAUUUGGGUCAAUUUGUUCGUAGCCUUACUUCUGGAGAACUUUAUUCACAAGUGGGACCGUCACUCCCAUCGGCAGUCUCUCUCAGAAAUUGAAUACCAGACAACGGUGGAAUUAAUGUUCAGGGAUGUUUUGGAAGAACCUACAGAGGAAGAGCUGAUGGAAAAACUGCACCAGCAUCCACACCUGCAGCUGUGUAGAUGACAGAUUGAUGGGAGGACCCGUUUAUUCAUGCCUUUUUUGCAAUAAGGUUGUCAGCUGGAGGACUGAUAUUGCAGUGAAAUUGAAUGUAUUUUCUGUAAAGUGCUGUUAACCUGAAAGCUUACAGGAAAGCAUGUAACAUUUUAGUUGGCAUUUUGAUUUUACUCUUGAACACCACCUACAAUGCAGAGAACUGCAGGGAGAACUUUUUUUUUAAAAUAAUCUGCUCCUUUUUUAAAAAAAAAAAACAUUAAAUUCUUCUAAUUUGACUUGAUUUUAGAGUCAUUUUAUGGGAAUAUGCAGCUGUUAUUUUUUUAAGUGUCAGGACAAGGAGUUGUAGACCAUUUUAUUUGAUUUUUUUUUUUUAAGAAGGAAGAGAGUAUUAAAAUGACAAUGCACUUUAAUGCAAACACUUCUAACCACUAUGCUUGCUGCUUUUUUGUACCAUAAAUAAUGGAACUGCCUAUUCUGGCAUUCAGUGUGUGCCAAGGACAGUGCCUUGAAAUUCUUGAAUGAAUUAGGCAGAGUCAUGCUCUAGAUUCUCAGCCUUUUUGUAAUAAGGGAGAUCGAAACACUAUUUUUAUUGAAAUAUGAUGCCAGCAUUCUUUUAUUUACUAAAUGUUCAUAAUUGUACAAUCCUGUUCAAAGUUCAGGUCGAAGGUGGAGAUAGUCUGUUUCAUAGUUUCCUUUUUUUGGCCGGUGUUAAGGGCUGUGCCCAUGUGGUGAUUGCAUUAUAUUGAUAACAUUAUCAAGGUCAGUAUAAUUUUGGAUGGAACAAUCGUGCCCUUGUUUUACAAUCUGGAAUAAUUAAGCUCUACUUCAGGGAAAAUAUGCUCAUGUUGCUUUGAAAAUGAGCUCUUCCUUUUUGCAUUCUGACAAGUCUUGUUUUCCCUGGAUUCAUACUGAGCCACAGUUUGUUUACUUUUGCAAGAAUUUUAGUGGAAAUCCUGUGCAAAAUAUAGCCAUGUAUCCACCUUGGGUGGAUGGGGAGCAGGCAGUCAUGUUCAGGCUUCCCCCUCAUAAUCUAUACCUGUAUAUAAUAAAUUGAUUUUUAAUUCAGGGGAGUGGAUUUAGGAUAGUAUGUGGCACCAAAAUCAUUGGGGGUCAUCUCACUUUUUUUUGAGCUGGAUAGGACAAAUCCUGCAAGGUACUGGACUGCCUCAUUUCUCACUGUAGUCCAUGGAAGCUUGAGGGUGCUUAGUAUCAUGCAAGAUCAUAUCCUUUGUGCUAGCUGUUUUCCCCAGUUCUGGUUAAACGUUUAUUGUAUCAUAGAUGUCAGAGAUGGGGGGGAAGGGCCUAUUAGGUCAUCUAGUCCAUCGCCUUGGGAUCAACACAGGAUUGUUCCCUAUUUUCUAGCUUUUUUUUCCAAUACAGUUCCACAGCAAGACACUCACACAGUUGAACAGCUUCCACUAUCUGAUGCAUCUCAUCAGUAGGAAGUUAGCCUAAUUUUUUCUUAUUUUAGUGUAAGCCAGUUACUCUUGGUUAUCACUCUUUAACCACGUUAAGCAUUCCUUUAACUCCUUCUUGUUUCUAUACUCUGUAUACUUGGUGAAUUAUGUAUGUCCAUCCUGCCAAGUGAGCCUGUCCGUUCCUGUAUGCUUGGGAUGUUCUAUUUUGGCUCUUCAUCUUUUAUUUGGCCAUUAUGUUCCAUUGUUUACCAAAGUAGCAUAACGUGGUGUGAUAUUCGUAUAAUCUUCAUAAAUCAUGUCUCUUGUAUGCAAUCCUUGCACAUGGACAGAGUGCAGAGAACAAUCUAUUUUAGUGCUUGCUUGUUUGUUUGUUUGUUUAUAUAUUGGACUGGGAAUGUAAUGCAGAACUACAUACAGGAAAUAGCGUGUCUAAUAUAAAUUGUACUGUAAGAGGUAAAUUACUAUGUGAUACAACUUUUAUGCUUUAAAUGCACAGAGACUUGAAUAGGAGUAAAACAGAAGGCUUAAUUGGUAAAAA